AUGGCUCCUCUGGUGGCUGAACACUUUCUGGGGAACAUGCGCAGCAGCGAGAGUUCGGAUUUGGCACGGCUGUGUGACUCUGUGACUCUGGGCCUGGCUCGGUUCUCAGGUGAUUUUGAGGAAAAGGCGACCCUCGCUGUCCCUGGCCGCCCACCGUCGACUCCCGGGGGCGGCGGGGCGAACGCGGAGAAGGCGCCCCCACCGCCCAGCCUGUACGUGCAGCUCCACGGAGAGACCACCCGGCGCCUGGAGGCAGACGAGAAGCCGUUGCAGAUCCAGAAUGACUACCUCUUCCAACUGGGAUUUGGGGAGUUGUGGCGGGUGCAGGAGGAAGGCAUGGACUCGGAGAUUGGCUGUCUCGUCCGCUUCUACGCAGGAAAACCUCACAGCACCAAUAGUUCUGAACGGAUUCAGCUCUCAGGAAUGUACAACGUCCGUAAAGGCAAAGUGCAGCUGCCAGUGAACCGCUGGGCCAGGCGCCAUGUCAUCCUGUGCGGGACGUGCCUGAUAGUGUCAUCUGUGAAAGACAGCGAGACCGGGAAGAUGCACGUCCUGCCCCUCAUUGGCGGGAAAGUAGAAGAAGUGAAAAAGCACCAGCACUGUUUAGCAUUUAGCUCUUCUGGACCCCAAAGCCAGACUUACUACAUUUGUUUCGACACAUUCACAGAGUAUUUAAGGUGGCUUCGGCAAGUGUCCAAGGUUGCAUCCCAGCGUAUUAGCUCAGUGGACCUCUCGUGUUGUAGCCUGGAGCACCUGCCUGCCAACCUCUUCUACAGCCAAGACCUCACUCAUCUUAACUUAAAACAGAACUUCCUAAGGCAAAACCCCGUCCUGCCCGCUGCCAGGGGACUCAGUGAGCUGCAAAGGUUCAGCAAGUUGAAGAGUCUUAACCUUUCCAAUAAUCAUUUAGGGGACUUCCCAUUAGCGGUCUGCAACAUCCCCACUCUGACGGAGCUGAACGUGUCCUGCAACGCCCUGGGAGCCGUCCCGGCAGCUGUGGGUGUGAUGCACAACUUACAGACAUUUUUGUUGGAUGGAAACUUCCUCCGGGCCCUUCCUGCUGAGUUGGAGAACAUGCAUCAGCUUAGUUAUCUUGGUCUUUCUUUCAAUGAAUUCACCGACAUUCCGGAGGUGCUGGAGAAGCUGCCUGGUGUGGACAGACUGUGCAUGAGCGGGAACUGCAUGGAGACCCUUCGGCUACAGGCUUUGAGGAAGAUGCCUCACGUCAAACAUGUGGACCUGAGACUGAAUGUAAUUCGGAAGCUCGAAGCAGAUGAAGUGGACUUUCUGCAGCAUGUCACUCAACUUGAUCUGCGCGACAAUAAGCUUACUGAUCUAGAUGCUAUGAUUUUCAACAACAUCGAAGUUCUGCACUGUGAGAGGAAUCAGCUGGUGACACUGAGCAUCUGUGGCUAUUUCCUCAAAGCGCUCUACGCCUCGUCUAAUGAACUCGCUCAACUUGAUGUUUACCCAGUUCCAAAUUUUCUAUCCUACGUGGAUGUCUCAAGGAACCGUUUGGAAAAUGUGCCUGAGUGGGUAUGUGAAAGCCGAAAGCUGGAAGUUUUGGAUAUUGCUCAUAAUCAAAUAUGCGAGCUUCCCGCACGCUUGCUCUGUAACAGCAGUCUCCGGAAGCUCCUGGCGGGCCACAACCAGCUGGCCAGGCUGCCCGAGCGGCUGGACAGGACCUCGGUGGAAGUACUGGACGUGCAGCACAACCAGCUCCUGGAGCUGCCGCCCAGCCUCCUGAUGAAGGCCGACAGCCUGAGAUUCCUGAAUGCAUCUGCAAACAAACUGGAAGCCCUGCCUCCAGCCACACUUUCUGAGGAGACGAGCAGCAUCUUGCAGGAGCUGUAUCUGACAAACAACAACCUGACAGAUAAGUGCGUGCCCUUGUUGACGGGCCACCCCCACCUGAAGGUCCUCCACGUGGCCUAUAACCGCCUUCAGAGCUUUCCAGCAAGUAAAAUGGCAAAGCUGGAGGAACUAGAAGAAAUCGACGUGAGCGGGAACAAGCUGAAGGCCGUCCCCACCACCAUCACAAGCUGCAGGCGCUUGCACACCGUCAUCGCCCACUCCAACUGCAUCGAGGUCUUCCCCGAGGUCAUGCAGCUCCCAGAGAUCAAGUGCGUGGACCUCAGCUGCAAUGAGCUAAGCGAAGUGACGUUACCCGAAAACCUGCCUCCCAAACUGCAAGAGCUAGACCUGACUGGAAACCCCCGCCUGGCCCUGGAUCACAAAACCCUGGAGCUGCUGAACAACAUCCGCUGUUUCAAGAUCGACCAGCCCUCGGCAGGGGACGCGCCGGGAGCCCCCGCCGUCUGGAGCCACGGCUACACAGAAGCUUCAGGGGUGAAGAACAAGCUGUGCGUCGCAGCCCUGUCGGUGAACAACUUCUGCGACAACCAGGAGGCCCUGUACGGCGUGUUUGACGGGGACCGCAACGUGGAGGUGCCCUCGCUCCUGCAGUGCACCAUGAGCGACAUCUUGGCGGAAGAGCUGCAGAAAACCAAAAACGAGGACGAGUAUAUGGUCAACACCUUCAUCGUCAUGCAGCGGAAACUCGGGACGGCUGGGCAGAAACUUGGAGGUGCCGCUGUCCUCUGCCACAUCAAACACGACCCUGUGGACCUGGGAGGCUCCUUCACACUGACCUCCGCUAACGUGGGCAAGUGCCAGACGGUUCUGUGCCGGAAUGGGAAGCCGUUGCCGCUGUCCAGGUCGUACGUCAUGAGCUGUGAGGAGGAGCUCAAGAGAAUUAAACGGCACAAGGCCAUUAUCACCGAGGUGAGGGGGGGACACCCCGGCAUCUUCCCGCCGGCGGCCAGCAUGGGCCUCAAGGAGCGGCCCUCGGACGGGCUGGGCGUGCCCUCCUCCAGCAGCGGCAUGGCCUCCGAGAUCAGCAGCGAGCUCUCCACCUCCGAGAUGAGCAGCGAGGUGGGCUCCACGGCCUCCGACGAGCCCGCCCCCGGAGCCCCGAGCGAGAGCAGCCCCGCCUACCCCAGCGAGCCGCGCUGCAUGCUGCACCCGCUCUGCCUGUCGCGCUCCUUCCAGCGCCAGCUGUCCAGCGCCACCUUCUCCAGCGCCUUCUCCGACAACGGCCUGGACAGCGACGACGAGGAGCCCAUCGAGGGCGUCUUCACCAACGGCAGCCGCGUGGAGGUGGAAGUGGACAUCCACUGCAGCCGGGCCAAGGACAAGGAGAAGCAGCAGCACCUGCUGCAGGGCCCCGCCGAGGCCAGCGACGAGGGCAUCGUCAUCAGCGCCAACGAGGACGAGCCGGGGCUGCCCAGGAAGGCGGACCCGGCCGCGGUGGGGACCAUCGGGCGCCGGAGGGCUAACGGCUCCGUGGCGCCCCAGGAAAGAAGCCACAACGUGAUCGAGGUGGCUACAGACGCGCCCCUCCGCAAGCCCGGGGGCUAUUUCGCCGCCCCGGCGCAGCCGGACCCCGAUGACCAGUUCAUCAUCCCGCCCGAGCUGGAGGAGGAGGUCAAGGAGAUCAUGAAGCACCACCAGCAGCAGCAUCAACCUGCAGUCUUCAGUGGGAGGCUCCGCAGUUGA